UCUACAAACAGUCUUUGAAUUGUCCAAAAAAAAACAUGCACUCCAUGUAUUGUUCUCGGUGGCUGCUUCUGCUUCUAUGGUGUUGGACCAUCUCGGUCCAUGCCAUCCCACCACGAGACCCGGUCCAAUGCAACGGAACCGGGUGCACCGUCUCCAAUUCCUACGGUCCGUGGGGGGAUCGAAAUGACUGUCACGUCAAAACCGUGAAGUACCCAGCGACCGAAGAAGAGCUUCGUUCGGCCGUCGCGUACGCCAACAAAAACAAGCUCAAGUUGAAAGUGGUCAGCAAGUUCUCGCACACGAUCCCGAAACUAGUCUGCCCUUCGUCAAGCGACUCGUUGUUGAUAAGCACGGCGAAAUACAAUUCCGUCAUUCGAAUCGAAUCGAAUUCGACGGUGACGGCCGAUGCCGGGGUGGCGUUACGUGACCUGAUCGAUCGGGUCGAAAAGUCCGGUUUGAGUCUGGUUGCGGCGCCGUAUUGGGAGGGUGUCAGCGUGGCGGGGAUGAUAACCACCGGGGCACACGGAAGUUCGUGGUGGGGCAAAGGAGGAGCCGUUCAUGAUCAUGUCGUCGGAAUUAGCAUGAUUGUUCCUGCAAAUGAAUCGGAAGGGUACGCCAAAGUGAUCCAAAUUGGUCCUCAAGAUCAACUCCUAAAUGCAGUUAAAGUCUCACUGGGAGUUUUGGGUGUCAUCUCCAAGGUGAAAUUUUUACUGGAACCGGAAUUCAAGAGAAGCGUUACGUAUAAUUUCACGAAAGAUGAUUUGAUGGAAGAAAAUUUCAUAGAACACGGGAAGAAAUACGAGUUCGGAGAUAUCACAUGGUAUCCGUCGAAACAUACGACGGUGUACAGAUACGAUAAUAGAGUGUCCAUUAGCUCCCCUGGUGAUGGAGUUAAUGAUUUUCUUGGCUUCCAAUCCAAUGAAAUCCUCAUCUCUCAAUCUGUGAGAACAUCAGAAAAACUGUUCGAGAGCACCAGAAGCGUCACCGGACACUGCACGUUGGCGGCCACUACAUUAUCGUACAAGAAACUGAUCGGCAACGGAUUGAAGAACAACGGCCUGAUCUUCACCGGCUAUCCGGUCGUCGGCCGCCAAGGCAAUAUGCAGACAUCCGGUUCAUGUCUAUAUUCACCUACGACAAGGCUCGACGCCUCCUGUGCUUGGGACCCCAGGAUCAAAGGCCUCUUCUUCUACGAGUCGACGGCGAUAUUCGAUAUCCCGAAGUUUGGAGACUUCAUCAAAGACGUCAAAAGACUCCGUGACAUCGAACCGGAAAGCUUCUGCGGCAUCGAUCACUACAAUGGCAUCAUGAUCCGAUACAUAAAGGCUUCCGAUGCGUAUCUAGGACAACCCAAGGACUCCGUCGUGAUCGAUUUCAACUAUUAUCGAGCCGACGACGCCUCGACACCGAGACUAAACGAGGAUGUCAUGGAAGAGAUCGAGCAGAUGGCGUUUUUCAAGUAUGGGGCACGACCACAUUGGGGUAAGAACAGGAACCUGGCGUUUACGAAUGUUCGGACCAAGUACCCGAAUUUCAACAAAUUUGUCGCGGCGAAGAAGCAAUUGGACCCCGAAAACAUGUUGUCCGGCGACUGGUCGGACGAGAUAUUGUUCGGAAAAGGAAGCGUAAGAAGCGAUGGAUGUGCUUUGGAAGGGCUUUGCGUUUGUUCGGAAGAUAGACAUUGCAGUCCAAGUAAAGGGUACUUCUGCAAACCAGGACUUGUUUAUAAUGAAGCUAGAGUUUGCAGAUAUUCACCAUCCUCAUCCUCCAAUCUUUGAUGCUUUAGCAGAUUGGUCCUCUGAUUUUAAAUUUUAUUUUCAAAGAAAUAAUUUAG